AUGGGAGUACCGCAGUCGGAGCUUCUGCGGUCUAGUCCUCCUCUGCUAGAGUCUAACGGGGUGCCAGAAGGGCUGCUACUGCUGCAUGUCAGUCAGCGAGUACUUGGCACUCCUGUGCCAGCUGGCUCCCGCAGAGGAAUGCACGUGGGCGGCCAUGCAGCAGCUCUCAGGGCUGCCAUGCCCUCGGCGCUACCCCUCUCCUUGUCCCUUGCUCAUGAUGCUUGUUCUGAUCUCUCUGCAGAGUCCAGGAGUGAUGAUAACAGCGUCUUCGAUCUCUUUGAACUCAUCGGCUUCAUUCGGAAGGGAGCCGGCCGCCGGGCACCCGGGGUGCACCUGGUGAAGGGACCAGAAUCCUCCAGCCCCGCUUACCGCAUUGAAGAUGCCAGUCGCAUCCCGGCUGUCCCUGACUCCAAGUUCCAAGACUUAUUAGAUGCCAUCCAUGCCGAGAAGGGCUUCAUCCUCCUGGCCACUCUCCGGCAAGCCAAGAAGAGUAGAGGCACGCUGCUGUCUGUGGAACAGAAAGAUGGCUCUGGUCAUGUCUUCAGUCUAGUAUCAAAUGGCAAGGCAGGCACCCUGGACCUAAGCCUUUCUGGUGACGGCAAGCAGCAGUUAGUGUCAGUGGAGGAUGCCUUGCUAGCUACAGGACAUUGGAAGAAUAUCACCCUGUUUGUGCAGGAGGACCGGGCUCAGCUCUAUGUGGGCUGUGAGAAAAUGGAGAACGCUGAACUGGACAUGCCCAUCCAGAACAUCUUCACUAGGGACCUGGCCAGCAGUGCCAGGCUCCGUAUUGCCAAAGGGGGAGUCAAUGACAACUUCCAGGGACUGCUGCAGAACGUGCGGUUUGUGUUUGGAACAACUCUGGAAACUAUCCUGAGGAACAAAGGCUGCUCCAGCUCCACUAGUGCGAUCAUUACUUUGGACAACCCUAUCAACGGUUCCAGCCCAGCUAUCCGCACUAAUUACAUUGGCCAUAAAACAAAGGACAUCCAAGCAGUCUGUGGUUUUUCCUGCGAUGAACUAACAAAUAUGUUUGUGGAACUGCAGGGGCUCCGGUCCAUGGUUACAACACUUCAAGACAGAGUUCGCAAAGUGACUGAAGAAAACGAGCUCAUUGCCAAAGUGGUCCAGAUCACUCCUGGAGUAUGCAUUCAUAAUGGAAUCUUGCACAAAAAUAAAGAAGAGUGGACUAUUGACAGCUGCACUGAAUGUACCUGCCAGAACUCUGCCACUAUAUGCCGGAAAGUGUCCUGUCCUCUCAUGCCUUGUUCCAAUGCCACUGUGCCUGAUGGGGAGUGCUGCCCCCGAUGCUGGCCUAGCGACUACGCAGAUGAUGGAUGGUCUCCUUGGUCUGAAUGGACUUCAUGUUCUGUGACGUGUGGGAAUGGGAUUCAGCAGAGAGGGCGAUCCUGUGACAGUCUGAAUAACCGCUGUGAAGGGUCUUCUGUACAGACUCGGACUUGCCACCUUCAGGAGUGUGAUAAGAGAUUUAAACAGGAUGGUGGCUGGAGUCACUGGUCACCAUGGUCAUCAUGUUCUGUCACUUGUGGCACGGGCAUCAUCACUAGAAUUCGUCUCUGCAACUCUCCAGUACCACAGCUGAGUGGCAAACCUUGUGAGGGUGAGGCAAGAGAAAACAAACCCUGCCAGAAAGAUCCUUGCCCAAUUAAUGGCAACUGGGGACCGUGGUCUCCAUGGGAUGCUUGCACACUGACAUGUGGAGGAGGACUUCAAAAACGUAGCCGUCUCUGUAAUAAUCCUGAGCCUCAGUAUGGUGGGAAGACUUGCGUAGGUGAAGCUAGAGGGACUCAGGUCUGCAACAAACAGGACUGUCCAAUUGAUGGGUGCCUGUCUAAUCCCUGCUUUGCGGGGACUACAUGUACCAGCUCCCCUGACGGUUCCUGGAAGUGUGGUGCUUGUCCUGCUGGCUACCAUGGUGAUGGUGUCCACUGCGAAGAUAUUGAUGAGUGCAAAGAGGUUCCUGAUGCCUGCUUUGUCUUUAAUGGAGUGCACAGGUGUGAGAAUACUGAACCUGGGUACAACUGUCUGCCUUGUCCACCACGUUUCACUGGGACACAGCCCUUUGGUCGCAGUGUUGAGGAUGCCAUGGCUAACAAACAGGUCUGCAAGCCACGUAAUCCAUGCACAGAUGGAACUCAUGACUGCAACAAGAAUGCCAAAUGCAAUUACCUUGGCCACUUCAGUGACCCCAUGUAUCGCUGUGAAUGUAAACCAGGCUAUGCUGGCAAUGGCAUAAUCUGUGGAGAAGAUACAGACUUGGAUGGAUGGCCAAAUGAGAACCUUGUUUGUGUUGCCAAUGCCACUUACCACUGUAAAAAAGAUAACUGCCCUAAUCUGCCCAACUCUGGGCAGGAAGACUAUGAUAAGGAUGGGAUUGGUGACGCCUGUGACGAUGAUGAUGAUGAUGAUGGUAUUCCUGAUGACCGGGACAACUGUCCAUUCAUCUACAACCCACAGCAGUAUGACUAUGACAGGGAUGAUGUUGGUGACCGCUGUGAUAACUGCCCCUACAAUCACAACCCUGAUCAAACUGACACUGACAACAACGGAGAAGGAGAUGCAUGUGCAGUGGAUAUUGAUGGAGAUGGGGUCCUUAAUGAAAGGGACAACUGCCAGUAUGUCUACAAUGUAGACCAGAGAGAUGCAGACUUGGAUGGUGUUGGAGAUCAGUGUGAUAACUGUCCACUGGAACACAAUCCUGACCAGGAAGAUACUGAUUCUGACCGCAUAGGUGAUGAGUGUGAUAACAACCAGGACAUAGAUGAAGAUGGCCAUCAAAAUAAUCUUGAUAACUGCCCCUAUGUGCCCAAUGCCAAUCAAGCUGACCAUGAUAAGGAUGGCAAAGGUGAUGCCUGUGACCAUGAUGAUGACAAUGAUGGUAUCCCUGAUGACAAAGAUAACUGCAGAUUGGUUGCCAACCCAGAUCAAGCUGAUUCUGAUGGUGAUGGACGUGGAGAUGCUUGCAAAGAUGACUUUGACCAGGACAGUGUGCCAGACAUAGAUGAUAUCUGCCCUGAAAAUGUGGACAUUAGUGAGACUGAUUUCCGAAGAUUUCAGAUGAUUCCCCUGGAUCCCAAAGGAACCUCCCAAAAUGAUCCAAACUGGGUUGUUCGUCACCAGGGUAAAGAACUGGUUCAGACUGUCAACUGUGACCCUGGCCUUGCAGUCGGUUUUGAUGAAUUCAAUGCUGUGGACUUCAGUGGUACCUUCUUCAUCAACACAGAAAGGGAUGAUGAUUAUGCUGGCUUUGUAUUUGGCUACCAAUCUAGCAGUCGUUUCUAUGUUGUCAUGUGGAAGCAGAUCACCCAGUCUUACUGGGACUCCACACCAACCAAAGCUCAAGGCUAUUCAGGUCUCUCCAUCAAAGUUGUGAAUUCCACCACCGGUCCAGGAGAACACCUCCGUAAUGCUCUGUGGCACACAGGAAACACUCCUGGCCAGGUGAGAACUUUGUGGCAUGACCCUCGUCACAUCGGCUGGAAAGACUUCACUGCGUACAGAUGGCGUCUUAGCCAUAGACCAAAGACUGGUUACAUCAGGGUUGUAAUGUAUGAAGGGAAGAAAAUCAUGGCAGACUCAGGACCAAUCUAUGAUAAAACCUAUGCUGGUGGUCGGCUAGGAUUAUUUGUCUUCUCUCAAGAAAUGGUGUUCUUCUCAGAUCUUAAAUAUGAAUGCAGAGUAUCAGAAAUCCAUGUUAAGUUCCAGAUACGAAAUACAUCUUGA